CUACAAACAGCAAUCUCCCCAGUCACUUGCUUUCAUAAUUCUUCAAUCAUGUCUGCAAAUACUACUACACCUCAUCCUGUUUCUGCAGAGGUAGCUGCCAGGAUCGCUACCACGCCUCAUGAAGGGCUACAGUCUCUCUGUGACAUCACGGAGGACCUGACCAUCGGGCAAGCGAAAUAUCACAAGUACAACCCAAGGACUUACUUUACGACUCUGAUUGACGACCCAGAUUUUCUUCUGAAGUCAAUGUGUCAUGCUAACGUAGGUCUCUCAGGAUCUAGAGCUGCAGCUUUCUUCUACCCACAUGCUUGUACACCAGAGUCAGACUGGGACUUUUACUGCUCUGGAGGAGACGUGGCCGUCGCCAAAUUCACUCAUCUGCUCACGAGUCUGGGCGCAACAUGGGGGAUCAACAAGAAGAGCAACAAGGAAACCAACGAGGCUGAAAGAAAAAAGUAUGGGGAAUACAGCGACAACUUCAGCACGGUCGAAGGUCAACUGAAUGGGCAUAGCAUCCAAGUCAUGUGGGACCACGAGAUCAGAAAGGGUGCGUUCCAGACGAUCUUGGAGUUCCAUUCGAGCAUUGUUCAGUGCUUCAUCUCAGCAUCGUGCGCUGUAUCGAUGUAUCACAACAUCAGCUCGCAGAAUCAAUUGGUGGCCUGGUAUCUUGAUUGGGUCCUGCAUCCAGUGAAGCGUGCCAAAGCUCCUAAGUGUGUUGCCAAGUAUGUAUCUCGGGGCUUCGAAGUCGUUCCAUACUCAAGAAAGCUCGUGGGACUACCUAAUUAUGCGCAAGAAUCAGCCUUGAACCUUCCAUCCAUGCCAAGAGCGGUUUCAGACAAAGGAUGUCUCCUCAUCAAUUUCGACGUUUAUCAGGAAGCCCCUAACGCAGUCGAUACCGCCCUGCACAGUGCGACCAUGGAGGAGAUCAUGAAUCUCCGCUGGACGGAGGAACUAAACUCUGAGCUAUGUGGACCUGAAACGAGAUCUAUAAGAGGCAUGUAUCGGGCACUCCGCUCCGUGGAGCCAGAACACUGCCUUAGAGGUUACUUGAAAACCGAUGGUAGCUAUGCGAGUCAUCGUGCCAUUAUGAGCGAAGUUACCUUGAGACUUGAGAAAGUGGCGGAAGAACCUGAAGUCCAAAGACUUGCAUGGGGAGGAAAGCCUUAUGGUGAUGAGAUUGAUCCUGACACCUGGACUUCAUAUCCUGUACCCUGGAUGCCAGUUUCACCUGCGAUUCGUGGCGGGUGGUAUCAGAUCAACGAUAAGUUGAACUACCCGCCUGUCUAG